AUGACUUACUUCAUGCCCGAGACUUCUCAACAAACAGAGAAAGAUCGACUAAACUACCAGCAUAACAUGAUGUUACACAUUCUUGGUGGUAGACUGGGACAAGCACCAGCUGGCUCACAAGCUCAGGUUUUGGACGUGGCCACCGGGACAGGAAUAUGGGCCAUGCAGUAUGCUGAGCAGCAUCCCGAGUCAACAGUGCUCGGCGUUGAUCUAAGUAUCGCGAAACCGCAAGAGUUACUGCCAGAAAACUGCCAAUUUCAGCAGCUCGACGCCGAGAAUGGCGAUUUCUUUGACGACACCAAAGCCGUGAUGAAGAAAGCAUUUGACCACAUGCAACCCGGUGGCUGGAUUGAGCUUCACGAUCCUGAAAUGCGAACUAUUGCUAAUGACGAUUCUGUCAAAGGUACUGCUCUUGAAGAAUGGGUUGAAAUGACUGUCAAAGGCGGCAGAGCCGUUGGGCGAGAUAUGCUCAAGUCAGCUCACUAUGAGGCCUGGCUCAAUGAAACGGGCUUCGUCAAUGUUCAAGACGCCAAGUUUCAGCUGCCAAUCAACGAAUGGCCAAAGAACCCCAACCUCAAGAAAGUCGGCGCCAUAUACAAACAUAACAUCUUGGAAUUAGUUGAGAGUCUUACCAAAUUCCUCACCCUGGCAGGGUUGUCCGACGCUGAGGCCGAGGAUUUGAAGGAGCGUAUGAGGAAGGACAUUCACAAUCCACAGAUUCGCGCUGCCUUUCCACUCCAUGUUACGUAUGCGCAAAAGCCGUUUGACGGCAGUUAUGCGCACUUAUAA